AAAAUGAAGAUGCUGAAGAAUGCCUUUACAGUAUUAAUCAUAACUGUCAUUCCAUGGUCUUGAACUAUUUAGACAACACCAUCAUACCAUGGCUGGCCAUGAUAAUGUUAUGGAUGUUUGGUGUAAUAGUUUCUUUUGGUUUGGCCAUAUAUUACAAAUUCGAAGGGAAAUCUCGUGUACCAAUAAAACCUUUAGUAUUUGCAAAAGAUCCUCAAGCUAUUUAUAUUCCUAAUGACCAUGUUUAUCCCAUUAAUCAAAUUAAUAAUGGAAGAUUUAUAAUAACACAAGCCCUAGCAGAUGAGUGCGUUAAAAUCAUUAAUAAUUUAACACCAUUAACCGGAAAGGUAAUUUAUGAACCUUUUUGUGGGAUAUUAAAAAUUUCUAGAUCAAUAAGCAAGUAUAAACCUGCUAGACUUGAGGCCAUGGAUAUGAAUGAAAAUACCGAUAUUGCAGACUUCCCUAUUGAUAAAAUCAUGAUUGGUGAUGUCCGAGAUAAUAGAUGA